CCGACGUCGAGGACGUCAAACUCACCUUCACCAUCAACGAGCACUACGCUAAGGCCUACGAGUACCGCAAAGAACGCGAGGAAUUAGCGAGGCUCAAAGAAAAGUACGGCUCUGAUGUCGAUGAGGACGACGAUGAGGAGGACUCGGAAGACCUUGAGUCAGAAGACGAAGAUGGCGAGGAGUUGACUCCGGCUAUGGACGCAGCCAUCCUCCGCACGCUUGCGCGCAUCAAGCGCAAGGAUCCAUCCAUCUACGAGACUAGCAAGGAUGUCUUUGAGGAGGAGAAACAGCGAACGGGUGAACUCCAGAUAGACAAACGGCCCAAGGAUAGGUCAAAACCCUUGACGAUUCGACAACACGCCCUCGCAUCUGCGAUUCAAGACGCGACCGGCUCGCGCUCCCUUUCUCCAGAGCCCCUCACGCACGUCGAAGAGCAGAAAAAGCUCCGCGAGGAGACUAUCGCCGCAUUCCAUGCUGCGGCAGACGGGUUGGACGACGAAGACGAUCUCUUGGUGCCCCGCGAGAAGACGAAGGACGACAUUGAGCGUGAGGAGGAAGAAUAUCGUGCCUUCUUGGAGCGAGAGGUCGGGCAGGACUUGGCGAAGAUCAUCACCGUGGACGAUGAUGUAGAGCAGGCGGACGGUGUGGAUGUGAAAGAGGAGGAGGCGGAUGAACCGAAGAAGAAAAGGAGAAAAAAGGAGAAGACGAAGGCGGUGUCGGGGAAGGGAAAACAGGACCAGGAUCAGGAGUUCCUCGUGAACUAUAUCCUAAACCGCGGCUGGAUCGAUAAGUCCGCACGCCGGCUCCCGACUUACAAGGAGAUCACUGGCAAGGGCAAAGGAAGAAUCAACUUAGACUCAGAGGAUGGCGCGUCAGGAUCCGAGGCAGGGACGAAUGGCUCUAUGGAGGAGGACGAGUUCGACGAUAUCGCAGACGCGUUCGAAAGCUCGUAUAACUUCCGCUUCGAGGAGCCUGGUGCGGCGGAGAUCGCACGGCACCCACGUAACCUCCCCUCGCUCGUCCGUCGACAAGACACGUCGCGCAAAGAGGCGCGUGAGAAACGCAAGGCUCGCAAGGAAGAGGAGUUGCUCAAGAAGAAGGAAGAGGUAAAGCGACUGAAGGCACUGAAGAUGAAGGAGCUGCGGGCGAAGCUCGAGCGCAUCGGUGCAGAGGGUGGGAAGAGGCUCGAGGAGAGCAGAGCACUUCAAGAGCUAGAUCUUGAGGCAGACUGGGAUCCCGAAGCGCACGAUCGACAAAUGCGUGAACUCUACGCGAACGACGCAAAUGAGUUCGGGCCGGAUGAUGUCAUCGACGAGGAGAAGCCGACGUGGGACGACGACAUCGACAUCACCGACAUCGUCCCUCAUGGACUCGAUACCGACGACGAGGGCGCGGGCCCAUCGGAGAAAAAGAAGAAGAAGAAAAAGAAAAGGGGUGGGGACGAGGAUGCGAUGGACGCGGACGGGGUCGACGUCGACGAGAUGGACGCGGACGUCGAGCGACCGAAGCCUGCGUUCGACGACGAGGACUGGGACGGGACGGAGGAGAUGCGGAAGCGGAAGCUGGAGGAGUACAUGGACGAGGUAUAUGGCUUGGACUUCAACGAUAUGGUCGGUGGCAUGCCCACGCGCUUCCAUUACACCAAAACCGAGCCUCAGCACUUUGGCCUGACGCCUGCCGAGAUCCUGAUGGCGACUGAUGCGGAACUCAACUCGUACAUGGGCAUCAAGAAGUACGCGCCAUAUCGGAAGGAGGGCAAGGGUCGGAACUGGGACGCACAGCGGGGCGCCCGCCUCAGAGAGCUCAAGGAGAAACUGAAGGAGCGCGGCACGGGCGGAGUGCAGGCGGUCGAGCAAGCGAUGAAGAAGGCGAAGAAGCGAAUGGGGAAAAAGGAGCGUAUGCGCGAAAAGGCUGUCGCCACCGCAGCUGCGAGUGAAGGCGGCACUGGGGAGGACGAGGACGUCAAGACCAACGACCAGGUCCCCAAAGAGAGGAAACGGGAACGAGAGGCCACGGAGGUGGACUCCCAGGAAGACGCAUGGGACCAGCGCAACGAUGCCGCGGAGGCGUCGACAAAGAGGAAACGGCAAAGACAUCGGAAGGCGGCGGCGAAAGGGUCUGCAUGA